AUGGCACUCCCCUUUCAGAAGGAGCUGGAGAAAUACAAGAACAUCGAUGAGGAGGAGCUUCUUGGCAAGCUCUCAGAGGAGGAGCUGAAACAGUUGGAAAAUGUUCUGGAUGACCUAGAUCCCGAGAGUGCGAUGCUACCGGCUGGAUUCCGACAGAAAGACCAGACCCAGAAAGCAGCCACUGGCCCAUUUGAUCGAGAGCACCUCCUCAUGUACUUGGAGAAGGAGGCACUGGAACAAAAAGACAGGGAGGACUUUGUGCCCUUCACAGGAGAAAAGAAAGGGAGAGUGUUUAUCCCCAAAGAAAAGCCUGUAGAAGCUCCGAAAGAAGAAAAAGUGACUCUGGACCCAGAGCUGGAAGAAGCCUUGGCCAGCGCCUCUGACACUGAACUCUACGAUCUUGCAGCUGUCCUUGGAGUCCACAAUUUGCUCAACAAUCCGAAGUUUGAUGAAGAAACGACCAAUGGCAAAGGCCACAAGGGGCCUGUAAGGAAUAUUGUCAAAGGUGAAAAAGCCAAACCAGUAUUUGAGGAGCCACCGAACCCCACAAAUGUGGAAGCAAGUCUGCAGCAGAUGAAGGCCAAUGACCCCAACCUGCAAGAGGUCAACCUCAACAACAUCAAGAACAUUCCAAUCCCAACCCUGAAGGAAUUUGCCAAGGCUCUGGAGACCAACACCCAUGUGAAGAAGUUCAGCCUGGCUGCAACCCGCAGCAAUGACCCCGUGGCCCUUGCUUUUGCUGAUAUGUUGAAAGUCAACAAGACCUUAAAAAGUCUAAACGUAGAAUCCAAUUUCAUCACUGGAACUGGGAUCCUGGCCCUGGUGGAAGCCCUGCGGGAGAAUGACACCUUGACAGAGAUCAAGAUUGACAACCAGAGGCAGCAGUUGGGAACCGCUGUGGAGAUGGAGAUAGCCCAGAUGCUGGAGGAGAACUCAAGGAUCCUCAAGUUCGGGUACCAGUUUACCAAGCAAGGGCCACGGACAAGAGUGGCAGCUGCCAUCACAAAAAAUAAUGACCUGGUUCGCAAGAAGAGAGUUGAAGGAGACCGGAGGUAAGCCUCCAUCAAAAGAGGUGAAGUCAC